UUUAAAAGUUUAAAAACUAAUGUCGUCCGAAACUCCUGUCAGUGUUAAAAACAGAUUCUGCAAAGUUACAAGUCUUCUUCAGCUUAUUAAACAGGACAGGCGUGUGGUGGACUAAUGGACUUGGGAAGAUGACAGCUCGUAAUACAGUUGUAGAGAGAUAGCCUGGUGGAGACCCGUACAAUGAUUAACUCUGUACCCCCAAGGUGUGUGAAAAAACAUUGGAUCUUAUGGAGAACAACCUGAUCGCAUAUCUAAGAAAAUCGAGGUUCUUUGAGAAGACACAUUCAUCAAGAAAUCGAGAUUGAAGAUGCUAACUAAAUAAUGAACAUUAAUCUAAGAAAAACACAAAAGUGAAUAGACAUUAAUGAGUGUUCAGAGACAUAUUAUUUACGAAUAGACUCUUCAGACAUGAAGACAGUCAGAAACCUUGAGGAAAUUACUGGAAAAAAUAGAUGUAGAAAUGUAUGAUCGACAUGGGAAUUGGUGACUUCUAGCAAAGGCCACAGCGUUUGAUCCUGAGAGCUUGGGUUUUACAGGAAGGAAGGAGCUUAGAGACCUGCAACAUGUGGCUGCUAUACCUGUCUGGUGAAGUUCAGUGAACUACGCAAACUAUGGGCUACUCUAGAAUAUUGGCACACUACCCGUAUGUUGUGAUAGGUGGUGUGAUAGUUUUAGCCGCCACAUGUCUCGUUGUCACAAUCACCACAGGGGAGAUGCCAGAUUUCUCUGACCCUCAGGCAGGAUUUGAGGUGAGGGGUACUGAGCUAAGCAAUCGUUUUGUUACUUGGGAGAAUUUGUUAGAUUCCACCCAGACAGAUAUUGGGCGAAGGAAGUCAAAAGGACGUACCCCACACUCUGGGCGUGGUAACGGAACAAGGCGAUAUGGGAGAGCUACGAGACAAGAUCCCUGGUUUUUCUGUGGUGAUACUCCAGGAAUGACUUAUGCAAGAGUUGCUUACAAGAGCACAGAUGGAAGUGACCUGUUUUCUCUGAGACAUCUACUUGAUAUGUGUUCCCUUGAGAGUAACAGUAUACAUCUCCACCCCUCUUACUCCCAGCUGUGUAUUGCUCAACACCCAGAGGAAGCCCAUUGCUGCAAGCGUAGCUGGUCACUAGGGAACUAUAUCGCGCUGCUCCGGGAUAAAACAAACUGUAGUGAUAUCACUCAAGAGGAUGUUGGGAGUGUGAGGGAUCUGUUGGAAAGAUGUUCUGGAUAUUAUCGUAAUAUGACCUUGAAAUUUGAUUGUGAACGAAGCUCUAGCGAUAAAUGUAAAUCAGUGCCUACUGAAUGUAAACAACACAAUGCAGUGUAUCAAAUUCUUCAUUACAUCACAGAUGUUGAAUUCACUACAGAGAGCGGACAUCUUGGUCCUCUGCGUUAUGCCAUUGCAUUCUUACCAAUGAGUGCUGGGAAGGACACUGUGCCGAUAUUUGAGUUUAUGACGAAAAAGGAGUUACAGAUUGGAACUACGGCCAUAGGGGGUGUCAAUUUUGGAAUCAAGAACAUAUUGUUUAAUGAAUAUCUCCAAGGUGAUACUAUGUGGCUUGGUGUUGCAUUAUUCGUGAUUCUGCUCUGUAUGUGGCUCUACACAACAUCAUUCUUCAUCACUGGCAUGACAUUGCUCUCAAUUCUCCUUUCGUUAGAGAUAUCAUACUUCCUCUACACGCUCGUUUUUGAAAUUAAAUUCUUCCCGUUUAUGAAUCUGAUGACAAUAGUGAUUCUGAUAGGUGUGGGUGCUGACGAUAUGUUUAUUUACACAAAAGUUUGGAGCCUGGCGAAAUCAGAAAAAAAUAAUGGAACUUUGGAGAAAAUAAUAUCAGAUACCAUAAAACAUGCUACUUUAUCAAUGUUUGUCACAAGUUUUACGACAGCUGCAGCUUUGUAUACAAACUACAUAAGCCAUGUGACAGCAUUACGGUGCUUUGCGAUAUAUUCUGGAACAGCCAUACUGGCCAACUUCCUGCUCAUGGUGACUUGGAUUCCAGCGACUAUUGUUAUGUAUGACAAGUGGUGUAGUAACUAUUGCGUCUGCUACAGCCCUGACAUCUAUACACCCAAAAGAGGCAUUUGUUACUAUAUUUGUAAAAUACCAUAUAAAGCAUACCUACAAAUUGCUGAUUGGUCACGGAUAUUUUUUGAAAAGUUACUACCAUGUAUCGUUGUUAAACUUCGAUUUGUAUGGGUGAUUUUUCUCGGCCUUAUGGGCAUUGGUGGACUUAUUAUUAUAUUCUACAAGCCAAGAUUUAAGCUGCCUUCUUCACAUGAAUUCCAAGUAUUUUCCCCUCAACAUCUAUUUGAGAUCUAUGAUUUCAAACUAAAAGAUGAGUUUUAUUUUGAGAAAGCUGCAGGACAGAGCAUGUAUACUUUACCCAUGACUUUUGUUUUUGGAGUUGAGCCAAGGGAUAAUGGUAGCUAUUUAGCUCCCAGAGAGCCAAACAAUCAUGGUGCCCUUGUGCGUGAUGAGACAUUCAACAUAGCUGCGGAAGAAUCUCAGAUCUGGCUGCGGUCAUUCUGCCGGAAAAUACGUGCUCACCCUUUCUACAAAUCAUCCCCUGGACUCCAACUUACAAACUGUUUCAUUGAAUCGCUUGAAAAUUUUGCCAGGAGAAAAUGUAUCUUAGAGACAGACAUAUGCUGUGGGUAUUCCAGUAUCCCCAUUCCAGAGCAUAAAUUUAUGGAGUGUGUGGGGUCAUGGGCCCCAUUAUUAACAAGAACUAAGGCCAGGUUUCCUCAUAAUAAGUAUGCAGGACUUAGGUACUCUAAAGACUCUAGGGAGGAGAUUGUAGCUGCAGUUAUACAGUUCAACAGUAAAGUGCCAUUUAGUUAUAAAUAUGACGAGAUAAACAAUUAUUAUUCACGCAUGAGUACAUGGGUAGAGUACCAAGUAGAGACUACAGCGCCAUCUGGUAUGCGACGAGGCUGGUUUAUCAGUGAAUUAGAAUUCUACAGUUUACAAAAAAGUAUAUUAGAGGGGGCACCACUGAGUGUUGGAGCUUCAGUAGCUGUAGCGCUAGUAGUGACAUUUAUUACAACGCUGAACGUGUUAGUCAGUUUAUAUGCCUUUCUGUCAAUAAGCAGCACGAUUAGCGUAACAAUUGCAGUUCUGACCCUCCUAGGCUGGCAACUGAACAUAUUAGAAUCUGUAACUCUUACAAUUUCAGUUGGGCUAUCCAUAGACUUUACAUUACAUUACGGGGUAGCGUAUCGCUUAUCCCCAGAUCUCGAUCGUGAAAUGCGUGUUAUUUGCUCUACAGCACGCAUGGGAAGUCCCGUUACCAUGGCAGCAGCUACAACAUUCCUGGCAGGCGCUAUGAUGACCCCGGCAACAGUGCUCGCUUACAGGCAACUUGGUAUAUUCCUCAUGCUCAUUAUGACAAUCUCUUGGGUAUAUUCCACACUCUUCUUCCAGUCAUUAUUACGCCUUAUUGGUCCUCAAGGUGGAUUUAGUCAGUUCCACUGGCCAUCAUCAAACUGUUGUUCAUCCUCCCAACGUCACCACGUCGAUAAGACUGUUUACGCAUUGUCUGAAUCCACAUUAAGUAGUUCAAGUGUAGGGUAUCAAAAUCAUUCAACCGUGACAACUAGUGAAAUUCAUGAGCUCGAAUCACUGACAGAGUGUGAAGCUGAAGAGUUACAGGAGAGGUUGAGACAGCCCCCUCCAAACCCCAGGACUUUGGCCACAAAUAGGGCACCGCAUAAACAGAAACUGAAUAACAAUCUCACCAGUGCCGGUACAUCUGGGGAUGCUGGGAAUGUAGAUGAAUCACAUGCAGCUGAGACGGAGGUCAUGUUGCAUUCUGAGCCACGUGAUUCAUCGCACGUGUGGGUACAGCAGUAA